AGCAUGUGCAGCGGACACACACUUCACGCGGACAAACUGCUGUUAGGUUAACCGGGCUUUUCUUUUCCGCGGAGGGUUCAGGUGAAGCCGGUGAUCUACAUCAGCGGCAGAACGGGUGGUGGAGGGUAGUUUCCACAGGCCGGCGCGAAGGAGCGCAGCGCCGCAGAGAAGCUGCCGCGCCGCCCUUCUUUGCUCUCCCCGAGGAUUUCAGCACCGUUUAUCGGGACUUUCACUGCCUCCCGUCUGUUAUCGCACUGCCUGCGACUGGAUUUAACUCAACGCAUCCCAGCUCACCCCCGCCUGCCUUCACCCAGGCUGCUCAGCUGUGACAUUUCCGCAUUUCGGCGUCUGAUGCUCCGAGCGGUCGGCAGAUCCUCUUGCUCUGUGUCUCCAUGGUGAAGUGGGUGGGGUUUGAUGUCAGCCCCUCAUCUUGUUGACCCUCCCACCAUGCCCACCAUGGUCUCUAGGUUGCCCAAGUUUGGCUCUCGGCCCAGAUCUCAGACGGCUCCGGCUGCUGCCGCCAGCACCAGCGCUGCUGCUGCCAGUACCCGCCUCACCAAUGGGUUCUACCACCACCCUGGACCAUCAGGUGGCAACAGCACCUUAAAAGCACCCCCUUCUUCUGCUAAACAGAAUGGAUUCAUUAGAGUGCCGGGUUCAAUUUCCAUGAAAUUGAGGAAAGAAAAUGGAAGAAUGGAGGAUGAAGGGAGUGAUGGAGAGAGGGAGUGGAGCACAGGAAAGGCAGGGCAUAAUCACAGUGGUAUCCAUCAGUUUUAUUCCCAGCGUGAUGCCAAAAGAACAUCAUCUGCAGGAAAGGGGCGUGGCUUUGGCCAGCCUGUGGCAUCAUCAUCAUCGCCAUCUCCACAGUCCAGCCCCAGAACUCUUCCUGCUUCAAAAAUCAGAUCUAACAGCUCCAAACUGAUCCCGAAUCCAUCAGGGCUGACCAAUGGCACAAAACAGGUUCUGAACGGUGUUUCAGGACCCAAACAACGGAUCGGACCCAGCAGCUCUCUGAGACGGCCUCAGAGUUUUGCUCGUCCCAGCGGUUCUAGGCCAGGUUCUGGCUCUGGAUCUCGAUCUGGUUCCCCCUUUCAGAAGAAGACUCCGGCCAACCGCUCGUACUCCAGCGACAGCCUCGGGUCUGCUGUGUCCAUCCAGCUCACUGAAGACGAUCGCUUUCGUUCACGUAGUCUCACCCAGGUCCGACGGCAGCCCUCCCCCACCCUCACCCCUUCCUCAGCUUCCGCCUCCUCCUCUUCCCUCCCUCGCUCCCCCUCCACCAGCAGGGCUCCACCAAAAGGCAGCUUACUGAAAUCACCUGUUCUCAGCCAGGCAGGUAAAGGUGGAGGGACCAAUGUUCAAAGUUGUGCUGCUUCAGGGAGGUCAGGGGUCCCCUCCCUCCUGCCCCCAUCUGCCUUAAAGAAACCCCUCCUACCCAGCCUGGGCCUCAACUCGAGGCCCAGUGGCAUCAGCUAUAAGAUGUCACGCCCGUCACUCAUCAAGCAGUCUCGCCCACUUCGAGUGACAACAGCCAAUCAGUCUGGAGGCGACGAAGAACUAAAUAGACGGAGAAACUCUGUAGAGACGCCUUCGACAACAGAAAACAGCCCAGAAAACACUCCAGAAGCUCCUGAUACAGAGGAGCUGCCUGCAGAGCCUGUAUCCCAGGGAGAGGUGUCGAUUUUAGGGGAGACACUGGAGGACAUGUCCCUGUCUUCCACCUCCUCUCUGGAUAGAAAUGACACCAGUCAGGAGUACAUGGAUGACUUUGACAACCUCGGAAACGGAGGCGUUGGCAUUCUGCUGCUGUCCUCCAAAAAUGAUGAAGACGACUCUGGGCUUGAUCAGUCAUGCGCCAGGUUUGAUGAUGACAAGGUGGUCGUUAACGGGGGCACCAAGGCAGCUGGACUGUGUUUUCUGGAUGACGGUAUAGACUGGAGCAUGAGACUUGGUGGUGAACAAGGAGAGCAUCGGCUGACUCGAAUCUCCCGCCGGAGAAGGUCCAGUCAGCCGGACUACCACGAUCAGGGCGGGUCAUCCCUGGACCUGUCCCCCUCUGACAGCUGUGGGUCUGGGGGUACCUACAUGUGGGACGAGGAGGGUCUGGAGCCUCUGGGGGUUGCCGCCACAACCGCUUCCAUCCACACCGACAGCAACACCACCCACCACAUCGGCAGCUUUGACUCCGACCUCAACAGCAUUGACAUCCUGAACAACCUGGACUCCUGUGAUCUGGCUGAUGAUGAUCUCAUGCUGGAUGUAGACUUCCCAGAAGACGGCUCCCUGCACAGUGAUGGAGAUGGGCUGUCCCACAUGGCUCAGUGGAGGAAGAGGCAGCUCUGCUGGGGCACGCAGGACGUCCACAAUGACAAUGAAAGCCUCAGCGAUUUCCAGAGCUACAAGCUCACCGAGGAUCCUGGGAAUAAGAGGAUGGACUCCAGCAAGGACGGUGACCUCAUUCUUGACCUCUGUCCUCCGAUGAGGUCCACCUGUCUGUCUCCCAGUACUCCCAGCCUGGGUCUGGAUGUAGAGGAACUGGCUGAAGACUGUUCAGCUGUCAGGUCACAGCUGGAGUACCUGCAGAAGUUACUGCUGCAGGAGGAGGACGUGGAUGACGACACUCUGACCACAGACACUCUGAGUCCAGAGGAUUCAUCCCAUAACUCCGACUCACAGGUACAGGCGCUCCUGCAGGAGGUGCAGCAGCUCAGAGAGGAGCUGCGGAGCAGAGACCGAACCAUCGCACAGCUCACCCAGCAGCUGACUGUUCCCACAGUAACCACCAGGUGUCACUGCCAAGCGACGAUGGGAAAGAUUGAUCAGCACACACAGACGAGUGUGACGGAGAGAGAAAGCGUGGGCUGGACGCAGUGGCGAGAGCGCACGUCACAGAUACUUCACUCCUCCAAUCAGGAAGACCCGGAGCCACUGACAGACCGAAUCCCGACGCCACCGCCAACCCAAGCUCCGCCUCCUAGUAACCUCUGCCACGCCCAUCCUGAAACCCCUGCUGACAGACAUCAUCACCCUGAUCCCAGUGCCACCCUUCCAGUGGCCCAUGUAGGAGAGGAUGAUGGGAAAAAGCAGAAGAAGGUGGAGGAGCAAAAGUCAGGUGAAAAGAGGAAAAUCCACAGCAGAUCCCUACAGCCCCCCCAGCCCUCCAAACUCCACCUCUUCCCGAAGACGAGGGCAGCCCGCGACCCUGAGGCCACCCGCACCUCUGGGCUGAAUUUCAGAAUGCUGGGCUUCACCUCCACCUCCUCUCGUCUCCCCAAACCAAAGAGCCACUGAAGCCUGUGACUCCACCUUCCUAACACGCAGCGACGCGAGCCUGCGAGCUCCAAACUUCCUAUAAAUAUAAAACAAGAUCGGCAGUUUAUUAUGACUUGAAUGUGACUUGAACAUGGCCACAUUCUCAGUUGUUUCUAGCAAAUGCAGAUUUUAGAUUUUAUCAGAUGGUGGUGCAGUUACAAAAUCUGGACAAGCAGAACAGAACAUGCAUCUCAUCAUUUCCUCCUGCAGACCUGCGGCAGGUACACACAGUGUGUUAGUGGACCCCAUAAAGGUCAAUAUUUAAUAAAAGCAUUUACAUGAAAAUACAUUUAUUGAGAAUUUGGCUGUAUUUGUUCCAGUAAAUAAACAGAAGUUAACAGAGGGCCAGGAAAGCGCAGAAAUCCGCACCCACUUGGUCAUAGAAUCAGAUCAUUUUGAUGUGAGAUUUAAGAGAUUGAAGUCUUUGGCUUUUAAACUCUGUGCACCCUCUACAGGAGAGGAGGUGGUUAAAAAAGGUCAAGAACAUGACACCAAUCAGCCUCUGUAAUACUUUGCAAAAUACUUAAUUUAUUCUAGCAUCAACAAUAAAACUGCACAGAGAUCCAUUUGUGUACAAAGGAGCACUGGCUCUGCUUUAAAUGAAGCAGCUCUUUAAAAAUGAUCUACAACUAUUAACAAACUGAAAUCACUCUGAACUCUCCCUUUAAUUAAGGGUCGCUCUUCUGCCAAGCCUUUUAAAAGUCGUCUUCAGAGACGCGCUCCCUCUCGCUGCAUGUUAGGAACCAAUGUUUCAGCUCCUGCACCUGAUUGAUGGACUUCCUCCAACUCAUCCAGCCUUCUCCAUCCUUCCCCAAAGUCCAACCCAAAGCGAGUCUUCCUCAGAGGAGAGUCACCAAUGAUGUGCAUCCACCUUAACCUCCAUCCCACACACAGAAUCCGUCCUCCUUUGUCCUCCAUCCAGCUCGUCCUUACAGACUCUCUGCUCUUCUAAGCAGCCUGUCUCAAAGGUCAGAAAAUCCGACUUUUGUUCUGAGACAUUCAGCCUUUCACCCUUUGAGUGUCUGUGUGUGUUUUCAGUUUGUCGUGUUUGAUUCAGUGUUCACAUCACUGUGUUUACUCGUAGUCCAGGAACAGAUUUUACCUGCUGGUUUUCAGACAAAUGAAGACUUUGAUAUGAGGUUGAAAUAUGUUCCCAAUCUCUGCUGCUGUUGUGAAGACCUCCUCCCUCCUGCAUGAACUGAGAGAAUGUGGCGGGGUUUCUGCUCAUCAAAGUCAGGGGAAGAACUCAGCAGAUGGAAGAACAUGAAGUUUUUGAGGAGUUGUGAAGUUGGAGGUUUUCACCAGCCGGCAAUGAUUUGAAAGAAAAUCCAACAGAAGUCUGGAAGAUCUCAGUGUGCUUCAAACACAGUGCUGGUAUGUUUACUCGCGCUUUGUAGUAACUUAUGGUUAAAUGCUGAAGGAACACGGACUUAAACCGAGAACCUAAGUCUAAAUUAAAUACUCUCAAACAUUGUGAAAGGUUUGGGGAAGUUUGGUUGCAUGCCUGCCAAAAACCCUGAAACUGCAAACCACAGCUCCAGAGGUUUCACCACCGAAGGACUGACGAGCGACUCCGGGCUCUGUUGUUUCUGCAGAGGAAGCAUUCAGACGAGAAUCCGAGACUGUCUGCAGUGCUUUUGAUAAGUCAGCAGACAAAUCUGCUGAAUCUUCUCUGGGCUUUUUGCUCCGCUGUGGAAGCACAAAUCAGUGUGCAGGAGGAAGUUUUACUCCUGGGAAAGUUCCUGAACAUUAGUUUUUAAAAGUGGACCUGUUCUGCAGCUUUGCAUGAUUCAGAGAUCAAAAUAAUCCCUAUUCUUUUAAUACUGGGCGUCAGUGCAGCCCCUCAGCUCAUCCUCUGUCUGAAACAAGCAGUUUUAGCUCCUCCUCCUGGUGUGAGGUAAAUAGCCAGAAAGAGGAAGGUGCUCUGAUUGGUUUGCUUUUCAGGAAACGCUUGAGAUAAACUUGACAGAGGUUCACAGAGCGGCUGGUUUGAAGCAUGCUGAGGACUUCAGGUUUCUGGCCUGAAGGCUGGAGUCAUUUCAGAAGCUCAGUAAAUUAAUAUAGAAACUUUAAAUAAUUUUAGUAUUAACGGGGAUAAGGUGAGGAGGUGUUAGCUGAAGUGUCUUUCCUUUAAGGUAAACUGACAUUUCAGCCCCUCUGUCAGUCCUCCUCUGAAUAGUUCUCCCAGUGUUGGAUCACAUUUCCAGACUGAAUCAUGCAGUCAGGACCUGCCUGCUGAAUGACUCUCACAUUUUGGCAAGUCAAAGAAAUUAAUUCUUCUACAUGAAAAUGAACCCGCUGACAUUUUCUCUCCUCACACCUGACAAAUCAAACAUAGUCUCACUUCUAUCGGUGAUUAACUGUCAGUGCUGCUCGCUUUGAUAUUAGUAACCGUAUAUGCAAUAAAAUAUGCAACAGUUGCAGGUUCAAACCCUAAAAAAAAAAGGACACUUUUUCCUGCCCGUGUUGUAUUUAAAAUAUAUGCAAAACCAGCUCAGCUUAGUUCCACGUUUCAUGAAGAAGAGGACGGCCGGUGUCUCGACAGACAAUCCAGAAAUCUGCAAACUCACACGAGGUUUUUACUGAGAAACAAAGUCGAAGCACGUUUGGUACGAUUACUGAAACCACGAGGCACAGCGUGAAAGAACAAGAACAGCAGCAGCAGUUUGAGGAAAAGUGCCAAACUUUACUGUUUCCAGCUUAAGGUGAAUCUUAAACUAAACUCAACAUCAUUGGGUUGAUUUGAACUGACGUCAUCUUUUCAGACAUCUCUGAGUUGGUUCCCAUAUGGUGCACCAUGAAUCCAAGCCUAUAUUUUAACCAUAACCAAUAUUUAGCAUUCAUAUUAUAACUUAGCACCCAAAAAUCCUUUUAAAAACAUUCUUCAAAUGGGAAUCCUUGUUACAAAGUCCCUGAUUGACAACUAAUCUGCCUGAACAACACCUACCUGUCAGCUGGACCUGGGGCCUGGCUCCACUGACCGUCAGCUGAUUAUACCAUCCCACGAGCUAAAGAUGCACUUACCCAAAGAGACUCAGCCGUCUUCAGCAGAGAGCUGGAUCUGAAGCAGCAGCAGCAACACUGUCGUGUUGACUAUGUCUAGGUUCUCAAAAAUACCAACAAAGAAGAACUGAUGACAUUUUAGGUUAAACAGUUUUAAACAGAUAUGAAAACAGGUGUGACCCUCAGUUAAACCACUGAGUUACAUGAUGAACUAAAGAAUAAAAUAAGGUUAAAACAUCAACCUGAUCUAAGACCAGAUUUACUGAUGUAAAGUAUAAAUCCAUUUAUAAUUGAGCAUGUGUUAAAAUAAUCCAGAUUACAGCCACCUGUCCCGCAUGGUGAUAUCAGUCUGUAAUGUUUACCCAGAAUGCACUCUUUGAAGUUUUCUCCAGUGAAUGAUCAGCUCAAACAUCCAGGGUACCACUGACUGUUUCUGCUGCUCUACAUCGCAGACAUGAAACUGCUGCAGUUCAUUCAAACUAUGAUCGACCCAUGGCACUGAUGCUCAGAGCAGGUUAUGUACAGAUAUCUCCUGUACUUAUGAAGUUAUGAGGGCAUCAAAAUCCUGGAAAAAAAAUUAAAAAGCACCAAAUUCCAGUCAACCCGCUCUGUACUUCCAGGGCCUUGAACUCUGUUAAAUAUGCAAAUGCUGCAUACAAAGAAAUCAUCUGAUUUCUCACAUUUGACUGAUUUUUAUACACACAUAUGUAUAUAAUUUUUUUUUUAAUGCUUUAAAACAUUUGUUCCCUGUUCUAAUCUGUGCUGCCAUGAAUUUAAACAUGAGCAUGUUUACUCAGAAGUCUGAUCUUAACUCUCUGCUGUGUCGCUGCUGAAGUGGAGCCGCUCGUCUCCUUUAGAUCUGUUCUUUAGCUUCCAGCAGGGAAAUCUGAGCCGCCUUAAUUCAUGCAAGUGACACGAAGCCCAGCAGGGUGCGUGCACAGCCGAGCUUCAGCUACUGCUGCUCUUAAAAAUUCAUCAUCAAAGUCCUGAAACACACACACUCUGCACAAAUGUUGUGAUUGAUGUUCCUCGGUGAGCGUCUCAUCCAAAGGGGUGGAAAUGAAAAGAGCAAAAAGCAAACAAGGAAUGUCUUUUUUGAAAUGAAAGAGGAAAAUAAAUUAGUGCAAUUUUUUUUUCUUCUGCUUCAAUCAAGGUUUGACAUUUUCCUUUCCAUCAUUUCCCCAAAACACUUCUCACACAGCCAGAAAAAGAAGAAGAGAAAAAAAAAUCAGUCACCUCAAGGCUUCACUUUGGCCUUCAUGUCUCUCUGUGGAUGUUUUUCUAAAUCCUCCAGAAGCUGGGAAUAAUGGAAACCAGCAGCUCUGAGUAGCAGUGUUUAAACCUGGGUGAAAAAUCCCUGAAAGCAGAAGAACCUGAGAGCUUUAAACAGCCAAUCACGCCUGACACGGGGCGGGGCUUGACGACUGUUCUGAGCGUCAUUUGGGUCUAAGAAAUAUUAAUGUAACCUCGGAGCAUGAACAGACGGUCUCAUAUACCCUGUCAUACCUUUGAGACUAACCCAAAACAUUCAUGUGAAGCUAUCCUUCAAAGUAAAACAGGAAAUGAACAAAAGACCCAAACUAACCUUAAUGUGAUAACAGGGAGACCAGAACAACCUUAAAAUCAAUCAGGGCACCAAAAACUCGAAACUCUGAAACGAAAAUUCAAAAGCAAAAUGCAGUAAAGUUCAGAACCUGAUCGUUACAGAUACGCCUGAGACAAAAACAAGGAGCUUAAAAUAAAGUCCAGCUUUGUCUCGAAGACAUCUGAAAAUUAUGAAAAAUAAUGAUGAAAAUGGCGUUGCUGUGGUCCCACCAGCACUGUGUGGAAAUAUAAUAAAUGUGUGCAUCUGUGGAGCUGGAAGCAGCAAACUUUGGACUUUUGGACUCACAUUAACUGUAACUGAAUCCAAACUAAAUGUGUCUAAAAUGUCACCUCUGCUGCUGCUGUCAGGUACAAACCCAACAGCGUCUCUGAAAUCCGGCUUCAGUCAGCUCAGCGUCCGGUUUCAGACCAAACGUCUCCGCUUAGUCUGCUGCGCAUCUGUUUGUUCAGUAUCAUCUCUGAACUCUGAUUUAUUUAUGGUUUAAUGUUAACGUUUGUCACUUGUUAUUUAAAUAUCCAACAGGUUUUACCAGCUGUUGAAGUUCUAAAAGUUAAUGAUGUAAAUUCUUAAAUUCAAAUCCUUUUCUUUAAGUUCUACCCAGAUCACAAAGAGAACGCAGUAAAAAUGAGAAUAGUCUUAAUAAUGUACAUUUCCACAGAACAUGUCUUUUUCUCACAUAAAUACAGUUUUUUAAAAUUAUUAUUUAACCCCGAGUCGCAUCUUUUUAAAAAAAAUUAAUUUCUGUUAAUAAAACUCAGCAUUUUCCUAAGAAAGUUUCAAAUUAAAAGCCUUCUGUGUAGGGAGUGUACCUAUUAAGCUAACAAAGCAGAUUUAUUGUGACACACCGUGCAGGAAGUAGUUUUAUUGACAGCUCAACUUUUAAAAAAGACAAUGAAAUAGGAGCAGAUUUUAACCAUUUUAACUCUCAUCUAUUUCUUGCAGACAUUUCACAUUAAAAUCCAGCCGGCACUACUGCCAUGUGUUUAAGGCUUUUAAUGUGAAAUACUUGCAUAAGAAGUAGUAUUGAGUUUUACUAACAGCUUGGCGAUUAAAGAGUUCUUGAGGUUAUUGCUAACAAAUCAGGGAAACUAAUGUUGUAUAAACACCCAAAAACCCCCCUCCUGAAUACAUUUAACAAUAAAAGCCAACCUGGAGUAAACCUCAAUGCUUUUACUGUGAAAUAAAGAGCACAGCAGUUCCUUUAAAACUACCUUAAUAAAAAAAUAAGGUAGAAAAGAUUGAUAAUUAGUGAAGAAAUACAUUUAUAUGUUUAUUUUUUAAUGGUUUUAUAAGGAUGACUCGACUGCAUUUCAAAGAGAGCUAGAGGAGCUUCAGGGUAAUGCGGCUGAUCUGGUCUUGGUCCAUGAUGUUAGAGGAACAUCAGGUCCUAAAAAUUUAUUUUGUGAAUUUUGCUGAGUCUCUGCUGAUGUGUUCGCUGACACUGUGGACAUGUACGUUAUUAAAGUUAACAAGUUAAACAAGGCCAUGUUUUAAAAGUUUAAUAAACUCUGCAUAUGAGAAACCGUAGAAAUAAACAUAAAGGCUUCAUGUGAGCUGAGCUUUAGGAUGGUUUUAUAUUUAGUUUCAGCUGCUUUGACUCUAAUAUUUCAUAAUUGUCUGUAUUUAAACUGUAUUUAAAUGAUUCUGUCAAAUACUCUGAAUAAUGUACUCACUCUUCAGCUGUGUCCUCUACUCCCUCUCUGCUUUUAUUUUGAACACUUGAAGGACAGGUAUUCUGACAUUUCCUGUCACCUGCUGUUUUAUUUUGUGCAAUAACUCUGACUCUUAUUUAUGUGAUGAACUGUGUAAAGUGGUACAGACUGUAAUAUUGUUGAUGUUAUUGACACUGAAGCGCUGAAAGAGUCUCAGUGUGAGGAAAAAAAAGCACUUUAACAGAAACGAGCUCGUUCGCACACAAACGUCGCACCUGCUGAAUUUCAUUUGUGGGUUUUUUUUGUUUUUUUUUCGGUCUCAUUCACUUUGAAGCAGCAUUCAGGUCGUACGAAGUGAAACGUUAGCGCCUGUGUUCCUGUCAGUGAAGCUCUCUGCAGCUCGUUGGUUGAUAUUUGUGGUCCUCCUCUGUCAUUGGCUGACAUUUCUCUGAUGCUGCUAAAUAAAAGUAAUCCUCACCGA